AUGUCCCAGGGCAAAGGCAAAAGGACGAAUUUCCGGUGCCCUCUGCCCAGGGAGCUGGGAAAGUAUAUCUGCCAGGCGCCAAGAUGCCUUCAGCCUAUUUGCCCCGGCAUCUCUCCGGAUAGGCAGCGGGAUGGCACACCUCUGGGCCUGGCUCCUGGUCAUCCAGAGCGCAGCUGUGAUUUGGUAUUUAUCGCUUUACUGUUACUUUAUGGCUACCCCUUCCUACCCCCACCCACCCCAGCUAUUUUCAGCAGGGCGAAACAGACCCAUGGUGCUGAAUUAUUGCAGAAACCCUUUGCCACAAAAUCCGCCCUUCCCAGCUGUGACUUCGACAAUGCAGAGCGCCCUUUCUGUGGCUGGACCCAAUCCGAGGACGACGGCGGGCAGUGGCUCCGAGGCGAUGGGCCAAGGCCUGGGCAGAGCCCUGGCCCUCCAGGAGGGAAGCCUGAGCGGAGAGGAUAUUACAUCUACCCAGAAGCAGGGAAAACGGUGCAGUUGCAAAGCCCGGCUCUGGAUCCGGACGCAGCCGAGAUCUGUGUGGAAUUCCUCUAUUACCUGUACAGCUUAAGUACCAGUGCCCAGCUGGCAGUGAAAGUCCAGGAUGCUUCUGGAAACGCCUCAACGCUGUGGACCAAAGGAGGGAUGCAGAGUUCGUCCUGGCUCCUGGGGACUGUGACUGUACAGAACCCCGUCCGGCGUCCCUUUCAGGUUGUGUUUGCAGCCACCCGGGCUGAGACCACGGAAAUCGAUAUGGGGCUGGACUCCAUCUCCAUCAGGGUCGGGCCUUGCUCGCCCUGUGUGACCGGCUGUGAUUUUGACUCUAUUGGUGACCUCUGCGGGUGGGAGAACCCAGCUGAAGGGGACAUCCAGUGGGAGCAGUGGACUGGGGCAGGUGACAACCCCGACGUGGGACCGGCGGACGACUUCUCCAAACCGGGAUUCGGCUCCUACAUGUUACUGGAUUCCUUUGACUCAAAAAACAGCGGGACGGCCCUCCUCAAAAGCCCUCUGUAUGAGUCCCAGGGGGGCUGCCUCUCCCUUGACUUCUAUUACACUCUCCAUGGUGUCUCCAGUGAUACAACGCUCAAGGUCUACGCAGCGGCUGUGGCAGGGGGAGAACUGGGAGCCCCCUUGCUGACUCUCAGUGGGGAGCAUGGACCCAACUGGAAUCCGGGAGUGGUCAAUUAUACUGGGACAGCCGAGGUCCAGUUUGUUUUCGAAGGCACCUACAGAGGCAAACCUGGCUUGGCAGUGGACAGCAUCCACGUCUCACCUUGUGAAGAGGUUUUCACCCAGUGCAACUUCAACGACAAUGCAAAUCCCUUCUGCGGCUGGGUCGGUUCCGGCGAUAAUGAUGACGUCUCCUGGACACGGACCAACCAUUCCACCCCGACCGAAGAGACCGGGCCCCCAGGAGAUUACCCCGAUGGAAAGGGCUACUACAUCUACGCAGAAGGGGGCUCCCUGAAACCGGGCCAGUCCCUCCGCCUGACCAGCCGGGCCUUCUGCACCGACACGGAAGCCUGUGUGGAAUUCUAUUAUUACAUGUAUGGUAUUGUGGAAGUCCAGACGCAGCUCCGGGUGCUGCUGGAGGGACCUUCUGGAGCAGAGGUCACGCUCUGGACCCGGAGUGGGAUCCAAAGCCCUGCGUGGCUCUUUGGAUCCGUGACGGUGCCGUAUGGUGGGCCGCAGCCAAGCAGGGUGCUUUUUGAGGUGGUUCGGGGGAACCACCCUUACCUGGACGUCUCCCUGGACAACAUCUCCGUGCGCAGAGGACCUUGCUCAGGCUCCGGAACGCCUCUUCCUCCGACCACUUCCUCAAUUGCCACGUCAACCCACGCUGGCCCUGUGGUGACCCUGCCGCCCGGGAGCCCUGUGACGUCACGCUCCACAACCGCCAGUCCUGUGCCCACCAGCCACGUGGUCCCAACUACCCACAGCAACACCACUCCGGAAAAGCCCACUCUGACCAGCCCCACCACCACCACCACUGCAUCAGACUCUACUGCCACCACCAGAGACAGCCAUGUUAGCAGCACUGCACCAGCCACCUCCGGUCAAGGAAGCCAGACCACACCUGGGGUCCCCAAACCAACAAGCCAUCCCACCUCAGAUGCCCCUUCUACCAGCAAGGCUAGCACAACUACCACGACAGUCAGCCAAGGGGACACAACCACCACUCCCACCACCAGCGUCUCCAAGACAAGCACAACUAGCACAACAACCAGCCAAGGGAACACAGCCACCACUCUCACUCCCACCACCAGCGUCUCCAAGACAAGCACAACUAGCAUAACAACCAGCCAUGGCAGCACAGCCACCACUGCUACUAUCACAACUAGUGACUCCAAGACAACCACGACGAGCACAACAGCUAGCCACAGCAACACAACCACCACUCCCGCUCCCACCACCAGCAUCUCCAAAACAAGCACAACUAGCACAACAGCCAGUCAUAGCAACACUACCACCACCAGCUCUACACACCACACACAACUGCCCAUUACGAGCCAGACAAGCACCACUCAUGGAAGCACCACUAGUACAACACCAGCCUCAACCAGCCAAGGCAACCUCACUACUAGGACCACUAGUCCAGCCACCAUCUCAACCACCAGUGACUCCAAGACAAGCACAACCAGUACAACAGCUGCUCAAGGCAGCACAACAGUGGCCACCAGCCCCAGCACCACUCGUGGCUCAACACAACUGCCCAUCACAAGGCCCACCAGUGGUAGCCAGCUUAGUACCACCACAGGCCACACCAGCCAUGUUUCAACUGCUGGCAGCAGCAGCACUAGCCACCCCUCUGUUACCACGGCUAGGCCCACCCCUCCAAAGAGUAGUACUACUGCCAUUACUCACAUCAGCCCCUCCACCUUUCCCAGUCACAACCAAACAAGCACCACCCAGGGAAGCCAAAGCCCUGGUCACACCACUGCUGCCCCAUCAACCACCAGGCAAACCACUCCCAUUACCACCAGCUCAGCCACCACAAAAAUAACCACCAUUAGCACAACCACUGUCAGCAGCAGCCCAACAACUCACACCGCUGGUCAACCAACAACCACCUCAGGAACCACUCUGCAGGCUAACACAACCAUCACCCAGAGUGCCACCACUCUCACCACUUUGCCCCACACCAGUCCCACAACCUUAUCUCCUGACAGCCUGACAAGCAGACCUCCCAGCCCCACGGUAAGCAAGACCACGACUCUCGGGAAGACCACCACCACUGCCUCCCUCCUGACCAGCUCUGUGAGCCCAAGCACACUGCACACGACCACGGUUGGCCAUGUCACCACUAUAUCCACAACGGCCAGCACCAAGUCCACACCUACAACCCCAGGCAGCAGCCACACUAGCCCCACCACAGUGGGCCACACCAGCCCAAGCAGCACUCACACCAGUGCCACAAGUAUUGCCAUCACCACAACUACAGGCAGCGGUACCCCCAGUCUUACCACUACUACCAGACCACCGAUAAGGACAACCACGACUCAACACACCACUAGCCUUGCGACCAUUGAGUCUAGCCGGACCACGGUCACCACCACGGAAAGAAGCAGCACCAAAAUGCCUGUUAGCCCAGAGGCUACGACCACAACAACACUUCCAACGACCACGGCAAAACCCACUCCAACACAAGGGGUCUCCAUAGGGACCACCAUCACCAGCACAGCGCCCGUGACACCUCCAGGCCAAGGGAUCUGCACCAUCUCGGGAGACCCCCACUACACCACCUACGACGGGCGCCUCUUCCACUUCAUGGGCACCUGCACGUACCUGCUCUCCACCGUCUGCAACGCCACCGCAGGCCUGCCCACCUUCAGGGUCCAGGCCACCAACGAACACCGAGGGGCCAACAAGCAGGUGUCCUACGUCAAGUCCGUCAGCGUGGAGGUCUAUGGGACCGAAAUCGUACUCCUGAAAGCGCGGAGGGUCACUGUGAACGGGCAGCGAGUGACCUUGCCAGUUUCGUUGGCCGAGGACCGGGUGUGGGUGCGACUCAGUGGCACGUUCGUCUUGGUACAAACGGAUUUUGGCCUCUCGGUGCGCUUUGACGGGAACCAUCAUGCUGAAGUCUCCGUCCCACCGUCCUACUACGGAUAUCUUUGUGGCCUCUGCGGGAACUACAACGGGGAAGUGUCGGAUGACAACCUCAUGCCCGAUGGCACCUCAGCUGGGACAGACGCCGACAAACUGGGGGAGAGCUGGCAGGUCCCGGAUGCCGGGGAUGAAGGCUGCAGCAACACAGGAGACCCAGGAGAGUGUGACAAGGACCUUGCAGCAGAAGCAGAGAAGCCCUCCAGCUGCGGGAUCCUGACAGACCCCCAAGGUCCAUUCUCCCCUUGCCACAGCAAGAUUCCUCCUGAGGGGUUUUUCGAGAGCUGUGUCUAUGACUUCUGUGGCACCGGUGGAGAUGAAGGCACCCUCUGCUUUGCUCUCCAGUCCUACGCUGACCGCUGCGCCCAGGCUGGGGUCAACAUCGCUUGGAGGAACAGCAGCUUCUGCCCCCUGAACUGCCCCCCUGGGAGCUCCUACUCCCCCUGCGUCCCCCCCUGCCCGGCCACCUGCCUGGACGGCCCCUCCGCGCCCAGCUGCUCCGGCCUGCCCUGCCUGGAGGGCUGCAUCUGCGACGAGGGCCGUGUGCUCAGCGGAGAGACCUGCGUCCCCAUCGACCAGUGCGGCUGCACCGACACCAGUGGGCAAUACCACCCGGUCGGGGAGAGCUGGAUGGCCGACAGCAACUGCACCGAGCGCUGCACCUGUGGGGCCCAGAACAACGUCACCUGCCAGGAGUGGAGCUGCAGCCCCAUCCAGGAGUGCCGGCCCCAGGAGGGCGUGCUGGGCUGCCAGGACACAGGUGUGGCGGCUUGUCACGUGGCCGGGGACCCCCACUACUACACCUUUGACGGGACCAUGGUCUCCUUCAUGGGCACCUGCACCUAUACGCUGGUGGCCCUCUGCCAGAGCGACCCCCGCCUGCCCUCCUUCACCAUCACGGCCAAGAACGAGGAGCGGGGGCAGCCGGAGGCCUCCUACCUGCGCCAGGUCACCCUCCAGCUACACGGAUACACCGUCACCCUCCAGAAAAGCCGCCGCGUCCUGAUCGAUGGGCAACGGGUCCGGACCCCCGUGGAGGGACGCAUCCCAGGCGUCUCCAUCACCUCCAGCGGCAUCUAUGUCAUUCUGGAGACCGACUUUGGUCUGGUGAUGAAGUUCGAUGGGAACCAUCAUUUGGAGAUCCAGCUCCCGGGGACUUACUUCGACAAGGUGUGUGGCAUGUGUGGCAACUUCAACAACCAGUCCCAAGAUGACCUUCUGAUGCCGAACGGACACCUGGCCGCCAAUGACAGCCAGUUUGGGAACAGCUGGAAAGCCCCCGGAGAUGCUGACCCUGGCUGCCAGCCAGAUGACCGCGAGGACCUGGAGCCCCACUGCUCCCCAGCAGAGAUGGAGCGCCUGUCCGCCUUGUGUGGAGAGAUCUUGGGGCCCAAGUACCAGCCCUGCCACGGGGUCAUCAACCCUCAGCUCUUUGUCCAGAACUGCCUCUUCGACCUGUGCGAGUACGAUGGCAUGGCCUCCGUCCUGUGCGACAACGUCCAGUCCUACGUGGAGGCCUGCAAGAGCCAAGGGGUCACUGGACUCUCCUGGAGGAACAGCACCUUCUGCCCUCUGCCUUGCCCCCCGCACAGCCAUUACACCGAGUGCGCCUCUCCCUGCCCGGCCACCUGCUGCAACCUCUAUGCGCCGGCCGCAUGCCAGAGCCGCACUACCUGCGUGGAGGGAUGCACCUGCAACCGGGGCUACGUCCUCAGUGAUGACACCUGUGUCUCUGCGCGUGACUGCGGGUGCCUGGACAGCCAGCAUGAGUACCACAGCCCUGGAGACACCUGGGUGACCCUCAACUGCCGUGAGCACUGCACCUGCCUGGGGAGCGGGGAGAUCUCCUGCCGAGCCUUCGAGUGCCUCCCCGGGUCCACCUGCGCCCUCAGCAGCUCCGGGCAGCGCUUCUGCAAGCCUGGAGACUUCCACCAGUGCGUGAUCUCCGGUGACCCCCACUACCGCACCUUCGACCGCUUUGUGCACCACUUCCAGGGCCUAUCCACCUACACCUUGAGCCGGACCCUCCCGGGCCUUCCAUCGGUGCUGGUGCCUUUCUCGGUGGCCGGGCGGAACCGGCGCCGCUUCCCCUUCCACCGCUUCUCCUUCCUGCGCGAGGUCUACGUCUCUGUCUACAACUACAGCAUCACCUUCAUGCAGCGGCGCAAACUGGUGGUAAGCGAUACGCCCAGAACCCCGCCGGAGGACAAAACACAGCCCUGCCUCUUCUUGUAA